UGUGUGUGUGUGUGUGUGUGUGUGUGUAUACAUGUAAACUGCAGUGGGGAAUUCCUGCAACUACUCACCCAGAGCAUGACCAGAGCUUUACUGCUGUUGGUUCCAUGGCCUUCGCUGCUGUGCUGGAGCCUGUCUUGCUGUCAAUCAAAGCGAUCAGUGUUUCACUUCUCAAGUUCCCAGCUAAUGAACUGCACUACUGCAGGGCUGACCUUGCCCGGCGGACCCAUCCUGCUUCUGAGCUCCACUGUUAUUGGUUUUUGACACUACCGAGUCCCACAGCCACUCAGCACCUUUGCUGCCAAAAGACACAGUUAUUGAAUCUCACUACUUCUGAGAACUGCUGCCACUGCAAACCCUCUGCUCCUGACUUAGUCGGCACAAAGUCUGCACAAUUCAUUCUUGUUCAUCAAAUGGUCUCUGAACUCCACAUCAUAAAAAACAGUGACACAUGCCAGCUCUCUGGCUGUGAUUGUCUGCAAAACAAAUGCAAGUGGCCGAAAUGCUAAAUGUGAUUUAGGACUUCCUAUCUAAAUGUGAAAACAUCUAUGCAGUCUGUAAGCUGUGGGGGUAGACUGAUAGACUAGGCCAGCUGUUCUGAACGUCAAGCUCACUCAGACUAUCUUAAAUCACAUACCUCCAAAUCAUCCCUAAAUUGCUUACCUAAGAACUGACGGUGGCAGCCAUCUUGAAUAAAUCUCACUCGUAGCAACACAGAAAUCUAGCCAUGCAUAUUCCGUUUUCCAGAUAUUUUCUCAAACACAUUCUAUCAGAGAUGCCCUCUGACUGAGUCUGAGUGUGCUGUGCAGCGCCUCAUGAAAUGUUAAUGUUUUCAGUCAUCAGUUAGGUGCUCAGUGAGCUAGCUGAUGGAAGGAAGUUGAUGGAGCGAGUUGAUUAUGGUGAAAGAGAUUUUUCUCUGUGAGUGUGCAGCUUCUGUAAGCACCUGUCUGGCCAAACUCACCAGCCAUCAAUAACUAGAGGCUGGAGUCCUGCAAGCCCAUUCAUCAAGCUGACUGGUUGAAUGAGCGAAGGAGUGGGAGAGAGGGGGAGUUACUCGCUGUACCUCACUGCUGCGUUCUGAUGUGUAGAUAUGAUCAGAGCGUCGGAGGGGACGGGAGGGAGACCGGUGCGAGUCAGACCCACGCCCAGAGGCACCCUAACCAGCGUGCUGCAGUUUCUUGAGUCCCGCCCAGCCCCGCAUGGACAUAGGCCUCCACGGACCCCCAGCUUGCAGCUUCAGCCUCCCCGCCGCCUGCUCUCCUCUCUGCCCAGUCACGGGCCGCUCGGCAUGCUGGGAAAGCGCAGCUACCAGCAUCACAGCCGGGCUGAGGCAGAGAGGAGAGGAGCCGCCACAACGCAAGAUAACCCAGGGCACAUUGUAGGAUCCGUUCUGCAUAAUGGGAAGAGCAGCAGCGGGUCAAACCUGCGUGCCAGCAGCAUGAUGCUGCGCAAGCGCAGGCCGAACUGGAUCGACGCCCCUGACGACAGCUUCUUCCUCGUUUCCCGGGAGACCAGUGCUGCAGCCGUUAGACACCUGCUCAUGGAAAGCUCGGAGGCUGCUCACUCGCUCUCAACUCAGAAAAGCCUGUAGGCAGCCAUGUGAGCAAAUCCACCUGCGCAGGGUCUCCCAGGGGCCUCCCCAGGGGCUUCCCCAGGGGCUUCCUCAGGGCCCGGUUGUGGCCCCCCCACACCCCAGCUUGAGGAUGCGAGGCCCCAUUGUCAUCCACGACUGAUCUCUUGCUCCGCCAGCCACCCUCUUCUCCUGCCCCCUCGCCAUCUGCACCUCCUGGUCCUUGUUAUCUUCCCUUGCCCUGCACAUACCCCAAAGCCCCCCUCCCACACACACAACAUUGCUCCAGAUCACUCUCCUACCCCCUACACUCAGGCGUCUACCCCCCCCCCCCC